AUGGUCCAGGACCAUCUGGACGAUCUCUACAGCCUGGGUGGCGCCGGCCGUCUUCGCCUGCUCAAUGUUGGCCUGCAGCAGCAAAACAAAAGCGUCAUCAAUCUUCCCCUUGCGCGCCAGGGUGUCGACGGCGGCGCGCAUGGCGGCGGGAUCUCCCGCGGCCAGGACGGACUUGACGGCGUCCAUGGCGGCGGCCAUGCGGUCAUUCAUGGCGGCUGA